CAUCAUUAAUGUAUUUGUUUUCUUUGUUUUUUUUCAGCCUUUAUACAGAACUUGCUUCAGCUUUGUAAGAGACAUUUUAAAUGCCAGGUCUAGUUUGCAAGCUUAUGCAGUAAUAUGCAGCAAACCCACACAAAGCUGAGGUUUGCCCUGGCCUACAACUUUCCAAAGUGCUACUUUCUCUUUGGGUUUCUUCCGCCUUCUACAGGUUUGCAUCAUUGAACACUUGUUUUUCGAAGUGAAGCAGAGAGGAUGUGGAAAGAUUCUUGUGUUCAAUGACGUUGAUAGACUUUCUGAUUUAAAAUUAAGAUACAAGGAUACAGAAUGAAGAUGAUUGUGUGGUUCGGAUUUGUGCUUUGUGCACUCUCUGCAGCUGGAAAAGAUUUCAUCACAGAAGUUGGAGGGAAAGUUAACUUGGAGUGUGGAGUUAACGACGUCAAAAACCAGCUGUUUUGGUAUAAAGGAAGUGAAAUGGUUAGAAAUGUUAAAUAUAUGAGUAAUAUUCCCACCAAAGGCUCAGGAGAUGCAAACAGUGAAAUUGCCAAGAGGUCAAGAAUAAAGCUAGCAAAUCUGGAAAUCUAUGAUGUGAAACAAACAGAUGCUGGAGAGUUCAGAUGUGUAGCAGAUGGAAAAACAUUUCCACACACACUUGCUGUGGUUUCAGAGUCUGCUCCUUGGACAACUGCACCAUCCAGUUCCACCUCUGGGGAAAAUUAUGAGUCAACUUGUGUACAGUAUGAGACUGACUGUCACACCUGUGAUGAUGUGAAGCUGCUGGGCCUUCCCAUGCAUGUGUGGGCUGCACUGGUAGCUGGCGGCCUGGUUUUGGUCUUCUUCAUCAUCUUUGUCGUCAUUAUUUGCACAAUGGUCAAAAGAAAGAAGAGUAAUGUUCUGGACCAUUCAGAAGACUGUGUCUUUUGUUACCUGGAUGACCUGGAGUACAUGGAUGUGUUUGAGGGAGGUCGCUCUGCUGCAGAAAGCGAGGGUGGCAGGGAUCAUCCACCUGGACCUCGUGUCAGAGACGGCCCAGGAAAGGACGAGUUACUUGCCUUCAUCAGUCGUACGGGGAUGAAUCCCAUGUGUGACCACUACAUCUGCCACAUUAAGUAGGACCAGCAAUGGGCCAUCUUCAAUGAUCAAAAGGUGUGUGCUUCAGAUAAACCUCCCAAAGACCUGGGAUACCUUUACUUCUAUUACCGAGUGGAUGAAUGAGAUAAAAGAGGGUUUCAUUUCAAGAGAAAACAUGUGGAUGCUAACAAACACAACAGCAAGCUCUUACAAAUGCCCUGGCUGCUUCACAACUGACAAAAGUGUAAAUAUCUCAGACUGCUUAUACACACAGUUCAAUAUAUUGGUGUAGAUGUACAGAUUAGGUGGUGGUGGGGAGAUGUUUCUUUCAAACCACAGAUGGGCCCGUUGAAGGUACAAAUUCUAGUUGUUACCACGGCAACUUUGCUGAGUAAAACUGAAAACCAGGGGAGACCUGUUAAAAGCAGGUGGUCCAGGUUUUACUCAGAUCAUUCAGUAAACCUAAUUUAGGGAACAAAACCCCCAAAAUGAUGGAGGCUUUGACGUCUAAGUCCAUUUACUCCCAACUAAAAAGUUUACUCAACUGUCACCGUUAAUCUGUCCUGACUAUUGAUCUCCACUGCCGUCAGUAGUCACUGCCCUUCUGCAGUCAAGUAUGAUGCUUUCAGGCUCCUUCUCCUUCACUGGCUGAAAGAAAAUGUUGGUAAAUUAAAAUAUUACAGAUGUGACACAAAAGAAACAAAAAACAGCAAAUAAACUUAUUUUUCUCAGACGUUUUGGUAAGGGUGAUUCGAGGGUGAUUGAUGUUUGAUUUAGAUUUUAUUUGGAAAACAAAUGCUUUGUUACUUUUGCUGUGACAAAUAAAGAAUUGCC